AUGGGUGACAGAAGGUGCCUUGAUCAUCAAUGCGUCCAUCAUACCGUCACCCGAUCGCACGGACGAGAAGAAACAAAGAAUAUCAGCUUCCACCGCCGCUUGUCGGGCUUCGAAGACCUGCCGGUGGCCAUCGGGGAGGUCAGUCGGCUAUUGGGCAUCAAGGGAGCUCAUAGCGAAGGAGGGCCAGCAUUUGCUUCCGAUGUGCUUCGUAUUGAGGGCCGUGGCCCUGUGGGCGUGCACCUUAGUAUCGUCAAUGUUCCUGGCUUGAUCUCUGUGGCCAACGAAGAACAGACCGACGAUGACGUGGAAACGGUACAAGGAUCGUGGAUGGCUAUAUUUCCGACCGCCGGAGCUGGAAAUGAUAUCGCCAACCAAAGCAUCAUCAAGAAAUCUCGUUCUUUUGAUAAAGACGGAGAGAGGACAGUGGGCAUCAUCACGAAACCAGACCUAAUCAACCAAGGUUCAGAGAAGCGCAUUGUCCUACUGCCAUCAAACAAAGACACUACGGAACUGAAGCUGGGAUUUUUCUUGGUGAAAAAUCCGGCCCCGAAUGAGCUAACGAAAGGCAUUACACCUCAGCAGAGACAAAAGGACGAGAUCCAGUACUUUCACACCCCUCCAUGGAAAGAGCAGUCCCUCGAUCCCGCACGACUAGGUAUCGUUGCGUUACGAACAUAUCUACAGCAACUUUUCGAUCGACACAUCGAGAAAGAACUGCCCAAAGUCCGACACGAUGUGCGCGAGCUGCUUCAUAAGACUGAAGCUGAUCUGGCGACCAUGAGCGAGGAACGUGAUAGCGCUUUGAAAAUGCGCAUGUUUUUAACUCGCUUAGCCAUGGCGUUCGACCAGCUCGUGGCCUCAGCACUGAAUGGGACCUACGACGAUGUCGACAUGACGUUCUUCAAUCUUCACGAGAAACAUACGUCUCACCUCUUGUGGGCCACUGUUCAGAACUUGAACACCAAGUUCGCCGACACCAUGAGAGAUCGUGGCGCGAAACCGCGCGUUGUGGUCUCCUCGGAGGAUAACUAUUCCGACACGGAACUAGCUGAGGAUGAUGACGGUCAGAUACUGGUGUCAGAGAACGACAUGAAAAGACGAGGUAGAUUUCGCACCAGCUCGGGUUUACACAAUGAAGCUUACUGUCUAUACUGUAUACGGCAAAGGCUACAAUAUCCGCAUCAUAGGGUGUUGUACUAUACAGUACAGAAUGAUACACAGUCACAGUAUGUUUCAGGUUUAUACACCCGCAGUAAUCGGGGGUAUAUUGAUUUUACCUAUUUGUGGCGCUGA